AUGACUGAUAAGGACCACCCUGAGGCCCAGAUGGGCUCACUUCCCGUUAAUCCAAGGAUUGGCGAGGAAGAAGAUGUCAAUAUUGAAGUCGUGGAACUCGCCAACGACCUCGCCGCAAAAAUCAGGAACCCUCUUGCCGAGCUUAGCCGGACCCAGCUGCUUUACGAGGUUGAGAGCUUUGCCGCCGAAUUCCAGCUGGGAGAGAUUCUUCCCCAGUUGCGUAAGGGUGCUCUUGUCGCCCAGGAUCCUGCCAGCUUCGAGUCAGUUCCUGGACUUACCGAAGACGAGGCCGUUGCAAUUCGCAAUGAGGUUCUCCAUAAAUGGAGACAGCCUCUUGCCCUUUACUUUACAAUCAUCCUCUGCUCUAUCGGAGCUGCCGUGCAGGGAUGGGACCAGACCGGAUCAAACGGAGCAAAUCUUUCGUUUCCUCAGGCUUUCGGGAUUCCUGAUGGAAAGGACGACCCAAACGCGGCUCGUAACGAGUGGAUCAUCGGCUUGGUGAAUGCUGCUCCAUUUAUGGCCAGUGCUCUGAUCGGAUGCUGGCUCUCUGACCCCGUUAAUCGUCUGCUUGGUCGCCGCGGAGCUAUCUUCAUUUCGGCCAUUUUUUGUGUUUUAUCCCCCAUUGGCUCUGCUGUUACUCAGAACUGGCAACAGCUUUUGGUCACUCGCCUUCUUCUAGGAAUUGGCAUGGGACUUAAGGCGUCUACGGUGCCUAUGUUUUGUGCUGAGAACACUCCUGCGUCUAUCCGUGGUGGCCUCGUCAUGUGUUGGCAAUUGUGGACUGCAUUCGGCAUUCUUCUUGGGUUCAGCGCAAAUCUCGCCGUCAAAAAUGUGGGUGCGAUUGCCUGGCGUCUGCAGUUCGGGUCGGCCUUCAUUCCUGCUGUUCCCCUGCUCUUCGGCGUUUACUUCUGUCCCGAGUCACCUCGUUGGUACAUCAGAAAGGGGUCGAUGGCCAAGGCAUACAAGUCUCUUUGUCGUCUGCGGAAUACCGAGGUGCAGGCUGCUCGUGAUCUCUUCUUCAUCUAUUCGCAGAUCAAGAUCGAGGAAGAGAUCGCUACUGGCAGAGGCAGCUACGCCACCCGGAUCGUCGAAUUGUUCACCAUCCCGCGGAACAGACGGGCAACACUGGCCUCAUUCGUUGUCAUGAUCGCCCAACAGAUGUGUGGAAUAAACAUCGUGUCGUUCUACUCCUCCACCAUCUUCGCAGAGGCCGGGGCCAGCACCAGCGGUGCGCUCUGGGCAUCCUGGGGCUUCGGAAUGGUCAACUUCUUGUGUGCUCUGCCAGCCGUUUUCACCAUUGACACCUAUGGCCGCCGCGCGCUUCUGUUGUUUACCUUCCCGCAGAUGGCAUGGACUUUGCUUGCCGCAGGCUUCUGCUUCUACAUCCCCGAGAGCAACUCCGCCCAUCUCAUCGCAAUCGCCCUCUUCGUCUUUCUGUUCUCGGCCUUUUACUCUCCCGGCGAGGGCCCGGUUCCCUACACCUAUUCGGCCGAGGUAUUCCCCCUGUCGCACCGCGAAGUGGGCAUGUCCUGGGCUGUGGCAACCUGCCUUUUCUGGGCCUCUGUGCUGUCCAUCACUUUCCCCCGCAUGCUCAGCGUGAUGGGCUCGACCGGUGCCUUCGGGUUCUACGCUGGUCUGAACGUGACUGCCUUCGUGAUGAUCUUCCUCUGGGUCCCCGAGACCAAGCAACGCACCCUGGAAGAACUUGACUGCGUCUUCUCCGUGCCGACUUCCGUCCACAUGCACUACCAGGUUACCAAGGCCCUCCCUUACUGGGUCAGACGGUACAUCUUGCGCCAGGAUGUCCAGCUCGAGCCGCUUUACAACUUCGACGAGCCCGUCCCUCGCAACGACCGCUACGAUACCGGAACCAGCUUGGAAGUGGAUGGCUUUACUUCUAGCUAGAGACAACUUGGUAUUCCGGUUCCGUUCCGCGUUCCUGGAUAAAACUCGACACGACCCUGGUUUUUACUUCCUUUGGACUCAUGUUUUUACGCCUUCAUGCUCAG